AUGGCGGUUGUGAAUAUCUCCUCAGCCGCUCAGUUCAACUCACUCUUGGGUUCCUCGCGGUUUGUGGUCGCAGACUUCUACGCCGACUGGUGUGGUCCGUGCAAGGCGAUCGCUCCCGUUUACGAGAAGCUGGCCUCGCAGCUGUCCCGCCCGAAUCACAUCACAUUCACCAAAAUCAAUGGUGAUCAACAGACGGAUCUUGCCCAGGCAUAUAGUGUUCGAGCAUACCCGACCUUCAUCGUCUUCGAAAGUGGCCGCAGCAUCAAAACCGUUGCCGGUGCCGACCCUCAGAAGCUGACCGAGGUAGUCCGCAAGCUCGCAUCAGAAGCAAGCAAGUCUGACGGGGAUUCUGGCGAGGGAAGCGGUGCAACAUGGCUGGGUGCCGAGGUGGCAGCGCGGUACGCGGACGUGACCGAUGAAGUGAACGUCAAGGGAGUGGACAUUCUCAAUCGGGACACCCAACUCGGUGGACCGCGAGCUCUGUUCGAAAGCUUCAAGCCCUCUGCUCUCACAGGCAAGGGCAAGGACAAGUCCGAGGGUGGCAGCAGCGGCGCAGAUUGGAUCGAGAGCGAUACCGAUGAGCAGCUCAUGGUCUACAUUCCUUUCCAGUCGAAACUCAAGAUCCACUCGUUGCACAUCACAUCGUUGCCUCCCGCCGCGGGCGAAGACGAUGAGGAUGAGGACGAGCUGCCCAUGCGACCGCGCACUCUGAAGCUCUAUACCAACACGUCGCACGUGCUUGGAUUCGAACAAGCGGAGGACACUGCCCCCGAGCAAACCGUGGAGAUUAAGCCGGAACAAUGGGACGCCAAGACAGGGACUGCGACAGUCGAUCUACGCUUCGUCAAGUUCCAAAACGUUACCUCGCUCGUCCUGUUCUUUGUUGAUGGUGAUGGUGACAGCGAGAAGCUUCGCGUGGAUCGCAUUCGGGUCAUCGGCGAGGCCAGAGAGAAGACAUCGAUGGGCAAGCUCGAGAAGAUUGGCGACGAGCCCGGCGAGUAA